GUUGUGCUUUCUUAACAUAUUUUACACCAGAUAGCACUACGGCUUCUACCUCACCAACUGCCUUAACAACAACAGCAGCAGCUGCAUCCAUUUUAAAUGAUAAACAAGCUUUAACAGGGAUAUUAUUUAAAGCGAAAACUAUGACCAAUUUAACACCCCGAAAACGGCCUUAUAUGUAUCGACCACAACUCUCUACAGUGACUUUAGUGAAUUCUAUUCCAUAUUGGUUUCAAAGAACUAAAAGUGAUAAAAAGGAUUGCCUUACAUCUCCACCACAACGGCAUCGUUUGCAUCAACAAUCUAUUGAUGAUGCUCUUUCGCGUGAAUUUAGUUUAAAUAAAACAACAUUUAAUACAACAUUUAAUAAUAGAAAACAACAUCAAUGUAGUAGUGAAUUUAAUAAUAAAGCCAGUGUUUCUAAAUUAUAGCAAUUGCAACAAAUUGUGGCAAAACGGAAUAUAAAUUUAUGCCAUGAUCAGUCGUGUGAU